AUGCGUAAAAUUAAGGAUUUGCUGGCUGAAGGCAUGGUGGACGACAUGUCCAAGCUGGAUGAAACUAAGCCAGUGAAGAUGAUGCACCUGAACAAUUUCUUUCAAAUGCACUUUGUUGCUGAAUUCAACUUCCAGAUCCUGGAGUUGCCUUACGAAGAGGAGAAGCUCAGCAUGCUCAUCUUUCUGCCCAUGGGUGUAGAGGACAAUUCAACUGGUCUGGAGAAGCUGGAGAAGCUGCUAACAUACGACAAAUUUAUGGAGUGGACUUCCCCUGACAGGAUGUCUCUGUAUGAUGUCGACUUGAGUCUGCCUCGGUUCAAGGUGGAGGAGAAGUAUGACAUGAAGGAUGUCCUGGUCAGAAUGGGCAUGGUGGAUGCCUUUGAUUUGGCCAUGUGUGACCUUUCAGGCAUGUCUCAUACCAAUGACCUGUUCCUGUCAAAAGUUGUCCACAAGGCUUUUGUGGGCAUCAACGAGGAGGGAACUGAGGCUGCUGGAGCCACUGCUGUUGUCAUUGCAAAAAAUGUCUUUGGGCCUAAAGCCACUUUCAUCGCAGACCAUCCCUUCCUCUUCUUCAUCCGCCACAAUGCCACUAGGAGCGUUCUGUUUGCUGGCCGCUUCUGCUCCCCUAACUGAGCACUACAUUGUUUAAUCCGAAUUUAAGCUCAUCGCAAGAUAUUGCUCUUUAUUUUCAACACCAGGAUGAUGAAUACUUCUGUACUCCAGCUUCUUGUCCGUAUUACUUCAUUUAUUGCUUCUUAUACUCUUUUUUUCUAUUCAAGACAAUAUUGUCAUGAAAUCACAUUUAAAGAUGAGUCCUGGUUGUUUAUGUAAACUCAGGGUACAUGUAUUUGUAACUCCAUGCAUUAUAACGAAUAAAACCAUUCUAGAUUCAAUUUAUUACCGUGAAUGAGUUAAUGAUCUGGGACCAGGUUAUCUUUAUGCUUUCUUAAGCUUCAAUAAAUGAAAUAAAAGUUUGU